CUUGAAUGCGCAUGCGCGCAGAGCGGAGUUUUUUUCCUGGCAGCUGUUGUCGGUACAGUGAUCAGUCGAUAGUGAUGUGGGUGAAAUAACGGUGUCUAGUUCAUCAGCUUUGGACGGGAAAUGGUUUACAGUGGACUCGAGAUGAGCUAAAUUGAUGAUUCUGUUCAACCCAGCGCAGAUCAAACAACUGCAGAGGGAGAUGAGUCAACUUUGGCGACGAGACUUAACUUCGUCAGAGAGGUUGGGGAAUGACUCUCCUGUCGGCUUCGCCCCAGGGCCCCCAGCCAGUGUGGCCCCACAAGGAUCCAACUCCUCCUGGACACCAGAAACCCCAGUGGUCACACCAGACGAGCCAACUUUCCUCAUGACCUCUACUGCCCAAACUAUAUCGGGUUUUUUUGUUUGGACAGCUCUUCUGAUCACAUGUCACCAGAUCUACAUGCACCUACGUUACUACAGCUCUCCAAAUGAGCAGAGGCACAUAGUUAGGAUCCUCUUCAUAGUCCCCAUCUAUGCCUUCGACUCCUGGCUCAGCCUUCUUUUCUUCACCAACGAGGAGUAUUAUGUGUACUUUGACACAGUCAGAGACUGCUAUGAAGCCUUUGUCAUCUACAACUUCCUGAGUCUGUGUUAUGAGUAUCUGGGAGGAGAGAGCGCCAUCAUGGCUGAGAUCAGAGGGAAACCUAUCGAGUCAAGCUGUAUGUAUGGGACCUGUUGUCUGUGGGGCAAGACGUACUCUAUUGGUUUCCUCAGGUUUUGCAAACAGGCAACCCUCCAGUUCUGUGUGGUGAAACCCCUGAUGGCAGUGAUCACUGUCAUUCUUCAGGCCUUUGGAAAAUACAAAGAUGGAGACUUUAAUGUGGCUAGUGGCUACCUAUAUGUGACCAUUAUCUACAACAUCUCCGUCAGUCUGUCGCUCUAUGCUCUCUUUCUCUUCUACUUUGCCACGCGUGAACUGCUCGUCCCAUACAACCCCGUGCUCAAGUUCUUCAUGGUGAAGUCCGUCAUCUUCCUCUCCUUCUGGCAAGGGAUGCUGCUGGCUAUCCUGGAGAAGUGCGGAGCCAUCCCUAAGAUCAGCUCAGCUGACUUCUCUGUGGGAGAGGGAACUGUUGCUGCUGGUUAUCAAAACUUCAUUAUCUGCAUCGAGAUGUUCUUUGCUGCUGUUGCUUUGCGCCAUGCCUUUACUUACAAGGUCUAUAUGGAUAAAAGACUGGACUCAUAUGGUCGCUGCGCCCCAAUGAAGAGCAUCUCCAGCAGCCUGAAGGAGACCAUGAAUCCAGGGGACAUGGUCCAGGACGCCAUCCAUAACUUCUCCCCAGCUUAUCAGCAGUACACUCAGCAGUCCACAUUGGAGCGAGUUGGGGGGCCACCCCUCUCCCGCAGCCACAGCAAUCUCAGCACCCGCGGGGACAAUGAAAAGACGCUGCUGCUCAGCUCUGACGACGAAUUCUGAGACUCAAACACACACUCAGAAGCUCACUUUUCUGUAGGCCAUGUGGGAAUUUUUAUCAACCAUGUAAGACAAAUUAGAUAUUUUGUUGCCACCUUAACAUGGAAGAUCACAUUGUUUACUUUUUUUUUUCCUUCCACAUUUGACAACAAAAGAUCAGAUUCAUGUCAGACUUAUGAAAUUCUGGUUAACAGACUGAAGGAAGGGAUUAAGUGUUUUUACAAGGAAAAAGAGGAAACAAUAGGUACAGUAAGAAAAAUGGGACCAUGAAGAGGAUGGAGAAGUUGUUCUAAAAAUAUGGAGAAGAGAAGUCGAGUUUAGACUUUAGGUGUAUUAACAGGUCAAGUUGUCAUUUUUGUUGUUGUCAUAGAGGCCAUCACUGACAGAAAUACGAUAUGUAUAUUCAACCAUUGAAUAUAGAUUGGUACAAAUAACCAUGCAUAUAGCAUCCUUAUGUUGCUACUUUAAACACCACAACAAAAAAGAUAUGAUAAGCAAAGUGCCAUCGUCAUCUUGAACAAAUGGCCUUCAUCUUUUAGUUUUUAUAUUGAUUCUCAAUCCAUACUCCUCCUCACCCUUGUGCCAACUCUGCCUCUUACCGAAGCAUGUAGAGGGAGCAGUACUUUGUGCCCCACUUAAUGAGACACUCUGUCUUAAUAUUUAGAAUUGAUUUAUAGUCAAGCAAAACUGAGGAGCCUUUGAAUUGCCGCGGCUUCAUUUUAAUAUAUAAGACUUUUAUUCACAAAUGUUUUUUUAUUUAAAUGUUGAAGCCUUGAAGGUAUAACUCAUUUCAAGUUUGUUGGAAAUUUGUUAUUCCAGAAAUGUUUUUAAUAUUCUGUGUUUGUUUUAUAUUUUGUUGUGGGUUCAUUUGAACAAGUGACUAAAAGUGUAAUUGUACGACUCCAGGUUUUGGCCUGACUUUGGCUCCUCGCAAAAUGUUAUUGUUUGUGGAGCACGUAGGGGACAGCUGGAGGAGAGAUUUCAGUGUGGGCUGGGAGACUGACGGAAGGACAACACCCACACAGAUUGCAAAUUACUGAAGAAGCAACACUUCCCCGCAGAGCCGGCCCAGCUGUGAUGUGCGGUGGAUUGUAAUCCCAUAAUUAAGGGCAUAACAUGUAGUACACAUGUAGCACAGCCCAGGCCUGCCUCAGCUGGUAUAAUGGCAUCACUGCUAUAGUAGUAGCGGUGAGAGAGUCCGAACGCUGGGAAUUACAGACAAAUUAGGCCAUGCAAAGAUGUGUCCGUACAAAUAAGGCUUUAAAUCUGACUGGACUCACAUCUGGAAAAGGAAUAUAUGGGAAUUAAAAGUUUGUAUGCAAGAUGUUUAGGUACAGUUAGAAAAGAGACACACUACAGCAGAAGACAGUGAUGUGUGGUAGGAAAAAAAAGCCUCAAGUGAGUCAAAACCUUUAGGCCUGCCUGUCAAACUGUUUGAGUAAAUUCAUACUUUAUGUAUGUAUGAUGUUUAAUAUGCGUUUUAGCAGAGGCCAGUAUAGAAGUUGCUUGUGUUUGUGAUUGUAAAUGUUUGAUGGUGGAGCAGAGCUGUAAAAAAGCCUAGUAUAUCUUUUUGACAGGUGACAUUAGGCCCAAUGCUGCCUCUUAAUGUGCAAUCAGUGUUUUCCUCUUUUUAUUUUUACAGAUUGCUUCAAGUCUGUUGACUGCGGGUAAACUCACAGUACAGUCCUUGUGAGUAAAGAAUGUAGUCAGGAUGAAAAAUUAACAGCCAAAUUGAUGUGCAUCCUCAAAAGAACACAAUCAAUAUAAAGUUGGUUGGUGUCCCCACCAACCACCUGCUACACUCAAUAAUUAAUGCAUCACUUGUUUAUCUGUUGCUCCACUGAACCUGUAGUGCUUCAGUUAAAGGUGAGGGUUGAGUGAAUUUGUUCGAUUAAUUUAACAUUAACUUCAUAUUGAAAAAGUGAAAUGUACUGCCUUAUACUCUGCCCCUCACACUUAAGCAUCUUGAUACAAAACACUAUAAAACUAUAGUUUUGAUACGCUGUGAUUUAAAAGCUGGAUGUUAAUGCUGAAUAUAUUAAACCAGGAAAUAUUA